AAAUGACUGAACUAUCAUAGGCUAGCAUGAUGAACUCCUUAGACCCAUCUAAUCCAGCAAGUCAACCAGUCCAUUCUCCAAAGAAGAGCUUCUUGACGCCUCAGAUGGCUAAAAACAUCACCAUAAAUAGCCUCAAACCUCUGGGAUACAAGAAAGAUAGCGGAAAGGUCUGGUUUUUCCAAAAGUUCUAUAAAAAGCUGAAUGAGAAGAACGGGUGAGAUGCAAACCAAGAUAGGAUCCCCAUUGGUACUAAAAUAAAAAUAAUGCAAGAGAAUUCGAAAAUAGAUGUGAAUAAAGGAAGGAAUAAGAAAAAUCACCUCAAGAAUGCCCUCCUCGGAUCUCAUGACUUCAAUAGCAUCUAUUUUUCUUCAAAGUGGUCGCAUGAACUUCAUAAAGCUCCUUCAGCCAGAGACUCCUGAUCCCAGGUCAGCCCGGCUAGGCCAAUAGGGAGCAGCGGUUAUAAUAAACAUGAGCUCACUCACAAGGAGAAAUCAUCAGUUAAAAAGAUAGAGAAAUAGGAUUCAGCAUCUGCUAGGAGAGGAAUGUGUAUCGACCGGUCACCAUCUCCUUACUGAUGGAAAAUCAGCAGAAAAGGCUAAGACAAAGCUUAAGGAGUUUGCGAAUGAUUAUAUUUCACAAGAAGCUGCCAAGUCAGCCGCUCGUAGGAAUCCCCCAUCGAUAAGUAAGCCUACAUAUCUGCCAGAGCUGAAGCAAAUACGUAAAUGGCCAAAGAAGUACAGCAAGAAAGCUCUGAUUCUCAAGAUUAAGAAUACAUUGGAAGAUGACAAUCUUAAUCUAGAUGCCUCAAUUUCGAGGUCAGAGACCAAGCAGCGAGGCAGAUCUUCAAUGCUGAGUUUCCUACCAACUCGAGCAUCACUGAAAGACCAGAAAAAUCUUGCACUAUUAAGAACAAGAGGCCCAAAGAAAAUUCAAAAUAACAAAGAAAGUACCCAGGUAAUCGAUGAUAAGGAGACUUGUUUGGGUCGUCUUCAAAGAAUUCAAAGAGACAUAGACUUGAGGCUGGACACUAACUUGAGUUUUAUCUCUAAUAGCCAGCCAAAUUUGAUCUCUCCUCAAAGAGAUUUCACUCCAAUGGCUUCUUGCACCUCAACUCUGGAUUUCAUUAGCCAGGAUUUGAAAACUCUGAAGCAUAAUCGAGAGAAGACAAAGCUGAUCAUGUCCAAGCAAAAGCUGCACAGUAAAAGCUACAAGGCUAAAGUGAAGCCUCAUGAGCAUCGUAACAGCUUGAAUUCUGUCUUCAAGUCUUUUCAUAACACUAAGAACGCUAAGCUUCCAGCUACGAAGAUUAUUCGAUUCAGGAAGCGAGAGAGGAAGCAAAUCCAUCAGAAAGAUGAACUAAAUGAGUAGACAGAGUUUCUAGCAAUAAUCUUGGAUACUAGAGGCCUUGGAUCACCCACAGGCUGUCAUGGUUAUGGUGGGGUUCUUGCCUUCUAUUGUAGAUGCUAAGGGAAUAUUUGCCUUGCAGCCACAGGAAUAUCUUGAAAUGUGCCUCUAGUGUUCAGAUUCAUUCUAUCCUAAUAAUUCUACUUAUAAGAGAAACAAAAGAAUGCAU